AUGUUCUUCUACAUCUGCGUGUUGACUCAAUCCGAUCCGAGAAUUUCAGAAGCUCGGCUUCUCUGUGGCCCAAGGGCGACUGCAAAUAACGAUUACAUCCAAUUAUUUGUUAAAGUAAUGCUUCUUUCUCAACAAGUCACUUCUCAGAAUUGGGGUAGUCAGGCAGUAAAUUCCAGCACAGCUUCGAUUUACAGUUUCGCCCAUUGUUACAGAGAUUUAUCGCACGAUGAUUGUCUCCAGUGCUAUGCGGCGAGUCGAACCCGCCUCCCCCGCUGCAUCCUCGCCGGCGCCGUGGCUGGCCGUUUAUUUCUCGAUGGGUGCUUUUUGCGGUACGAUAAUUACAGUUUUUUUGGAGAAGCAGUAGACCCAAAAUGGGAUACAGGAGAUUGUAACAGUUCAAUUGUUGAUAAUCCAAAUGAGAAUCAGUUCAGCCGAUCGGAUUUUAAUAAAAGUGUCGAGGAUUUGAUUGAUAAUAUUACAGCAAGUGCACUGUUGAACGAUGGAUACGCGGUGGCGGGGUUGAAGGGAGUUUAUGGAUUGGCGGAUUGUUGGAGAACUUUGAGCACAAAUAGUUGCAGAGAGUGUUUGNGCACUGUUGAACGAUGGGAGGUGAUAGGGUGUUUGCCUGGCCGGGAAGGCAGAGCAUUGAAUACUGGUUGUUAUUUGAGAUAUUCUACUCAGAAAUUCUACUCUAAUCAUUCUGAUACGACAAAUAGUGGUUCUGGAAUAUCAAGGACGGGGAAAGUAUUAGCAAUUGUUUUAUCGACAUCGGCCUUCUGUAUGCUCUCUGUAUUUUGUGGUUAUGCAGCCUAUCGAAGAUGGAAAAAACGAAAACAAGCACGCAAAAAUCUUGGCCUAAUUUCAUAUUCUUACGACAAUGAGGAGUUAACAGAAUCCCCAGCAAUUUUAUACCCAUCUCUCGCAAAGCUAUCUCUUUCAUUACCUUCUGCUUUAUCUCUGUCAACAUCUCUUUUUUCUGAUAGUCGGAUUCCUGAAUGCAAGUCACCAGCAUUUUCGUUUUUUGGAGAAGCAUCUUCUUUAUUGCUCCCUACUUGGGUCUCCAACAAUGGGUCUUCUAACAUCUGGUCAUCUCUUGCCUUUUUUGAGCUCACGAGAACUAGGAGAGUCAAAGGUUUGAACCUCAUCACUUUGGAUUGCCCUUUUAUUGAGAAGCACUAUGUUGAUUUAUCUGCAAACCCCUUCUUCAAUAAGCUUGUCUACUACAUUAUCUCAGACUUUUUCGUUCAAAUGGCAUGGAAGGGUAAUAAUGUGAUGAUUACUAUUAAGAAGAUUAUUGGAGAUGCCUGCUCUGCUGAGUCUGCUCUUGUGAUUAUGCCAUCAACAUUGGCAGGUUAG